UGUGUAAGUCUAUCCCAUGUUAGUAGUUAUAAUCUUGGAGAUAUGUUUACUAAAGCAUUAGGUGGACAGUUGUAUGUAAAACUUAGAAGUAAGAUUUUAAAAUAAGUUUUCCAUUAAGGGGGUGAUAUUUUAUUUGUGUUGCUUCUGAAUUUGUUUUAAUUUUUACUGAUUUUGUUAAGGGGCUGGAUGUUUGUAUUAUUUUGUUAAGGCAAGUGUGUCCACUGUGUUAUAAAGGGGUAGUUAUCUUUGAUGUUGUUAUGCUAGAGUUGCUAGACAUAAAGGUAAAGUUAGAUAUCGACGAUGAAGUGACAAGAACUCCUAACUGACAUUUUUGCGAUUUUACUUUUUUUAUGUAGAUAGACUUUAAAUAAUCGUUUGCGUGAGCUGGCAAAAGCAGCUAACUUUAUAUCUUAUUUUUAACGAGUUAUUAAUAACUGACAAUAACUAUUAAGCAACUAUGCCUCAAAUUUGCUGACAAUAUCAUCUAAUGAACUAAUAACAAUAACGACUAAAUAACCUUCGCGUAAUUAUUUCUGUCAAGACCUCCUAUCUUCACUCCUGCUAGACGCGUCCUUACUCUCACGCAGCUGCCGGCCGACUGGAUGGUCCCGCUGGCGUCUAGGAAGGAUAAUAUUUCAUAGAUAGGCUAAAAUGCGGGAGUGAGACGGGUAUAACGGAUCAUGUGAUAUUCGCUUACCUUUUUUCUUCUGUCAUUUCGUUUAAAUUCGGAGCAAGUUGCAACGUGCAAGUUGGCGUAAAGAGUGUUUUUUGUUAUUUUUAAAGUAAAUAGUGGGAUUUUUGUUAUACCAGGUAAUUAUUUUUUGCCUUAUAUAAUGCUUAUACAGUUAAAACAUAUUAGUAGUGUAUUUUCUUUUUUUUUUGUGUAUUUGUUAAAGUUAAUGAAUAUGUUCAUCAAUAACAGUAGGUUAUCUUAAAAGCGAUGAAGUCUUCUUGUUUUUUUUCCGAACUAUAAUAAUAAAAUAUAAAGCUUUUGUUAUUCGUUUACUUAAAUUAAGCUUUAUACUACAAUAAUAUCAUAAGACUAUUAUGUUAUCGUUAUUCCUAUUGGUGUGUUCCAAGAAGUUAGAAGUUAUUGUUCGAGUGUACAAAUUUUAUUUGUAUAUUUUAAGUAGAUAGAAGCAAUUGUUUUUGUUUAAUUAGUAUUGGAUCAUUACUUUUAUUUCGCACUAACAAUAAAAUACUGGUGUUUAGUCAUCAACAAUAAUAAUCAUCUUUUUUAUAGACCAACAAUAAUUAUUAUUACUACCGCUAUGGCUCGAUUUCUACAAGGAGUGAGAAGCAAAAGGAUUCUUAGCGAACUUCAACAAGAUGAUUUGGUAACAAACCUAAGACAUUGUACUCCUGAGGAAAAUGAACAGAUAUUUGGACGUCAACACGAAAUGCCUGAAGAUAAUAUCAACACGCCUCUUUCUGGAAAAUGCUGUAGUCCUAAACAAAGCGAUGAUGCUAAUCCAAAGGAAGCUAUCAACACCAACGUCGAUGUUUUAAGUUCACCAGAUGUCUCUAACUUUGAGCCCACAGAAAUCCUCGACAAUAAUGAUUAUGAAUCUACUUCUUUAAAUUCAUGCAGUCGUCGUCGUCUCGUAGUAAGAUCUUGGUCAUUAUCUGAUUUAACACAGGAUACACACAACAUGAUCAGUUCCCUAAAAAAGUCGCCAUCGGUUCCGGCCUUGUUAGCCAUUAGCAAUAAUCUUGAUGUAUUAAUUGCGUUUACCAGAUCGGAUCAGAUCGAAACUGUAUCGGAUGAUGUUUACCAAAUUCCUGAAGAAAGGAGUUCUGCUGAAGAAUGUGUGACUGAGUACCAAAAAGAUUAUGGAGAUAUGGAAAAAGGUCGAAAACGUCGUCACAAUGCUGAUCCUAAAUCUUGGAAAAGGAAUAAGGCUCGUUUGAAGCGAAUGCGAGGUGAAGAGUAUCUUGGCUAUUCUAAACCAAAAGACAGGAAGUUCCAACAAGAUACUUUAAGACAAGCAAGACGGUUAGGACCAACUUGCGUCUCCAAUUUUUGUAAGAAGAGUAAGGUAAGAGGCUGUGAUAGGUUCAGUGAAGAUUGUCGGAAGGAUAUACAUAGCAAUUUUUGGAAGAAAAUGACCUGGGAUCAACGAAGAGUUUAUGUUACGGGAUUGGUGACACGAUCUAGUACAUCUCGGAAGACUAAAUCAGCUAGUGAACCAUCUAGACGGGAAGGAACCCUGUCAUAUUUUUUGCCAAUUGAGAAAGACUGUUCAAAUAAAGUACAGGUAUGUAAACAAAUGUUUUUAAACACUCUAGCACUGGGGUCGUUUACUGUUCAAGCAUGGGUAAAAAAGAGUGAGUUUGGCAUGACUUCAAACCAUGAUGCAAUAUAUGAUUCCAAAACAAAGACUCCAAGAGCAGAAGUAGAAACGAAACUAUCUAUUUUAAACAAUUUUUUUACCAGUUUGCCGAAAUUGCCGUCUCAUUACGCAAGAAAAGACACAUCUAAACUCUUCAUAGAACCAAUCUAUCGUUCUCUUACCGAUUUAUACAAAGCGUAUCAGAAAUAUUGCACUGAAACUAGUCAACCUAAUGUUAGUAGAUUUACAUUUGAAAAGAAUUUUCAUGAAAAAAAUUUGUCGCUAUUUACGCUUAAAAAGGACAUGUGUGACACCUGUUCAAGUUACAAUUCGGGUAAUUUAAAUGAAUCAGAUUACCAAAUACAUGUAAUUAAGAAAAACCGAGCUAGACAAGAAAAAGAAGAGGACAAGAAAAAAGCAGCUGUUAGAACUUAUGUUCUAUCAGAUAUUUGAUUGUAAUAAUUAAUA